UACAACCCAGUCACUCGAGGCAGGCAGCAUCCCCGAGCGAUGGCAUCUGUGACCAAGUCCAAAUUGUUCGAGCCCACUGUGAUCGGCAAUCUCAAGCUACAGCACCGAGUGGUCAUGGCGCCUUUGACCCGGUUCAGAGCCAUCAAGAACCAUAUCCCUUCUGACAUGACGCCGGAGUACUAUGGCCAGCGAGCGAGUGUGCCCGGAACGCUGCUCAUAAGCGAGGCCACUUUCAUCGCGGAGAGAGCGGGGGGCUACCCGUACGCGCCUGGUAUAUGGAAUGAGGCGCAGAUACAGAUGUGGAAGAAGGUAACGGAUGUUGUCCACGCCAAAGGAUCGUACAUUUUCUGCCAACUCUGGGCCCUGGGACGUGCCGCCGACCCUGCGCUCCUAGCUCGCUCGAACCACCCCUUCGUGUCCUCGUCAGACUUGCCGAUCCCCGGCAAGAAAGUUGCACCCCGCCCCCUUACUCAUCGAGAGAUCCAAGAGUACGUGGGGCUCUAUGCACAGGCUGCAAGAAAUGCCGUUGCGGCGGGAUUCGAUGGAGUAGAGGUGCACGGCGCGAAUGGAUACUUGGUCGAUCAGUUCAUCCAGGACAAUUGCAAUAAGAGGACAGAUAAGUACGGUGGAAGUAUAGAGAACCGGUGCCGGUUCGCUCUCGAAGUCCUCGAAGGCGUCGUGAACGCCGUCGGGCAGGAAAAGACAGCCAUCCGGCUGAGUCCUUGGGAGCAAUUCCAAGGAAUGCGCAUGGCCCAGCCAGAACCCACAUUCUCGCACCUUGUCCGUGCCAUCAAACAAUCCUACCCCGACUUCGCGUACAUCCACGUAACUGAGCCCCGGGUGCAUUCUGGGGAGGAUCGUGAGCCGUUGCCAGGCGAGUCCAACGACUUCAUCAGGGAGAUCUGGGCCCCCAAGCCCUUGAUCUCCGCCGGCGGCUACAACAGGGACCUUGCGAUACAGGUAGCGGACCGGACCGACAACCUCAUCGCUUUCGGACGGAUGUUUAUCUCCAAUCCCGACUUGCCCCUCCGAUUAAUGAAGAACAUUCCCCUAACGAAAUAUAACCGGAAGACGUUCUACACUCAGGGUAGGGAGGGGUACCUCGACUAUCCGUUUGCAGAGCAGGAGGCAAAGGCAAGGCUAUAGGUCUCAGAGAAUCGCUAGAGGAGUGAGCGCGGUACCUUAACCUAACACCCCUGAUCUGCAGUGCUUCGAAUUCCCGCUGGCGGUGCAGGAGGACAAUUAAAUUUCGGCAACGAAGAUGAUUCUAAUGAUCCCGUUCGACCUCAGUAUUGCUGCAAUCGGUCAGUUAAAUAAACUGCUGCGUCGAUAUCACUAGUUUCGACUGCGCCACCAUGAUACCUUUAGACUAGGGGGAACAUACUACCAGCGAUAUUGUAGUGCUCGCCCGUUAUACCACUCCGGCCGACGUGCACGCACCGUUGUAAAUGAAACUCGCG